GAAGCAUCUUAGAUGCGAUUCGCAGAGAACAAAAGGCCGCUGCGAGUUAGAUGAGCUUAUGACCAAAGCCGUGCGUGGCUUUCAUCGCAUGGCAUGUAGAGACGCGUCGAGCUUUGGCGCCAGCUCACGUGCACGAGCAGCCGUCGUCGUCCCCACCAAAUUUCUUAAAAUGUUCCGCCACAUCCCAACAUCAACACUGCCACGGCCCUUGGAACCCACCACACCCUCCCCACCAUGCCAAAAGACAAGCGAAAACGCACGAAUGGCGCGGCCGACGCCUCGCCCUACUCCAAACCCUCGGCAAAAGCAUCGGCCGCGCAUUCAAUCUUCAAGAUGGACAAAGACCUCGGUCAGCAUAUCCUGAAGAACCCGGGCGUGGCCAGCGCAAUCGUGCAAAAAGCGCAUCUCAAGCAGUCUGAUCAUGUUCUUGAGGUCGGUCCCGGAACUGGCAAUUUGACAGUGUUGAUACUGAAAGCUGCCAAAGCCGUCACCGCGGUGGAAAUGGAUCCUCGCAUGGCGGCCGAGUUGACCAAACGUGUCCAAGGGACGGCCGAGGGCAAACGAUUAAAGGUCAUGUUGGGCGAUGUGAUCAAGACGGAGCUGCCGCAUUUCGAUGUGUGUAUAUCGAAUACACCGUAUCAGAUCUCGAGUCCUUUGGUCUUCAAACUCCUCUCGCUACCCAACCCGCCACGGUCGUGUAUACUCAUGUUUCAGCGCGAGUUUGCGAUGCGACUUUUCGCAAAACCAGGCGAGAAGCUAUACAGCAGGCUGUCGGUGAAUGUGCAAAUGUGGGCCAAGGUCAGUCACAUCAUGAAGGUGGGACGGAACAACUUCAAUCCUCCGCCGCAGGUGGAGAGCAACGUGGUGCGGAUUGAGCCCAAGGUUCCGCGGCCACAGAUUGCCUACGACGAGUGGGAUGGUCUGUUGAGGAUUGCGUUCGUGCGUAAGAAUAGGACACUGCGCGCUGGCUUUCUAGGAACAUCUGCUGUGGUCGAACUACUUGCGAGCAACUACCGCCUGUACUGCGCGCAGAACAAUAUCCCGCUCGACGACUCGCCGCUCGAUCCCAACCAAGUCACGACCAACGCAGAGACAAUGGAUGUCGACGGCGAAGACGAGUUUGAAGGAUUCUCUGAUCCCGACGACCCCGACGAUGAGCUGCCGGAUUUCUUCAAGCAGAUGCAGGCCGCCAAGAAAGUCAACGGCGUCAACAGAAAGAAGAAGGGGAGGGUUAGCGAGCUUGUGCGGGAGAAGGUGCGGAAAGUGUUGGAGGAUGACACGCAGCUUGCAGACAAGAGAGCUAGACUGUGUGACGAGGGCGAUUUCCUCAAGAUGCUGUAUGCUUUCAACCAGGAGGGCAUACACUUUAGUUAGAUAGUGCGCCGGUCCUGGGCAUUGACCUGGAACAGAAAUGUGCAUAUCACGGCGUUUGCGGGUUACGAAGCAUGUUGGCAUUGGGGUAUACCAAAAAGCAUGGCAUUGGAGUUGUGGGUUGGGAUAUCAUGUUUAUUUGCGCGUGGCAUCUAGUAUCUGCCAGCAGUUCUGGGCACUCUAUUGCGACUACACCAAUCAUAACUCAUCCUCAAAGGGCCUCACCAAUUGUCCCUUGUCUUGCAGGUAAUCCUUGACCUGCUUGACCGUAUACUCUCCUCUGUGAAAC